CUGAGGAGAAAUUCUUAAGAUUGACAAGGGAAGAGUUGCACCAUGAACUGCUGAUAGAAAUUGAUGAAUCGGAAGAUGAAAACGCCGAAUCCAUCCCACCAGAGGCAAAAGACCGAAGUUGUCGAAUGCUGCAGGAAAAAGGCAACAGGCAAAGUCAAACAAGAGAAAGAAAAGUAUAUCUUUGGGUGGGGCUCACAAAACAAGAGACGACAUGUAGUGUUAUUGAAAAGUCUAAUAUUUUUCAGUGCUUUAAGUAAGACAUGUAUUCGAAAUACAUGCAAAAUUUGACGUUUGAACCAGGUCUUUCCUUUUUUCUGUAACUUAUAUGUUAAUAGAAUCCCGCAGUUCUGGUUAAAAUCGGUAAUGCCCCUACACGCCUUGUACCGGUCACGCUAAUGGAAACUGAUGAGGUGGCUGGUACAGUUUCAGAACUUUCCAUCGAAUCAUCCGAAUAUUGUUCAGAACCAGAUAGCGAUGACGAUCAAAUUCAACCUGUUAUGGUCAUCAAUACGGAUGAAAACGAAUCAACAGGUAGCCUAUCGCGGGAGGAGUUUGACUUUAUGGACAACAACCAAUCAAUAGUUUCCGAUGAACCAAUCAACAGAAAAGGUUGCCUGCUCUACAUUGAUAGAAAUGCCUGA